AGUAUGAUGGUGUUGUGGUUGUCCAUGCCGCCCAUACCUAACUCCCUGAGCGUUAUCUUACACAGAAGACCAUCAGGGAGAGCUCACCACGCAUGGAGUUGAGCUCGGAGCCUGUGGUGGUAACACUGGAGAUGUCGCAGACUGAAAGCAAAGACGAUGAAGCUUUUGACGGCGUCGGAGACUACGAGAGCUUGCCACCUCAUGUCUCAGUGACGACCCACAUGACAGCAGGAGCCGUGGCUGGCAUACUGGAGCACACGGUGAUGUACCCCGUGGACUCUGUCAAGACGAGGAUGCAGAGCCUGCAGCCAGACCCAAACGCGCAGUAUCGGAGCGUGUAUGAGGCUCUGAAAAGGAUCAUCCGCACAGAGGGGGUUUUCAGACCGCUGAGGGGCCUCAACAUCACCAUGAUGGGUGCAGGACCGGCACAUGCACUCUACUUCGCCUGCUAUGAGCGGGUCAAACGCUCCCUGAGCGACGUCAUUCAGAGUGGAGGCAACAGCCAUUUAGCCAACGGUGUGGCUGGAAGUGUGGCCACUGUUCUCCAUGAUGCAGUCAUGAACCCAGCAGAAGUUAUAAAGCAGAGGAUGCAGAUGUACAACUCUCCAUAUCGAGGGCUUAUGGACUGUGUUCGAACGGUAACGCGUACUGAGGGUGUCGGAGCGUUCUACCGCAGCUACAGCACACAGCUGACCAUGAACAUCCCUUUCCAGGCCGUUCACUUCAUCACCUACGAGCUGAUGCAGGAACAGCUGAAUCCUCACAGACACUAUCAUCCAGGCAGCCACAUCAUAUCCGGAGCGGCUGCUGGAGCUGUUUCUGCUGCCAUAACCACUCCUCUUGACGUGUGUAAAACUCUGCUCAACACACAGGAGAACGUAGCGCUCAGCUCCAUGAACAUCAGCGGACACCUAACGGGAAUGGCCAACGCCUUCAGAACUGUGUACCGACUCGGCGGCUUUGCUGCCUUCUUUAAAGGAGUCCAAGCAAGGGUUAUUUACCAGAUGCCCUCCACUGCCAUCGCCUGGUCUGUGUACGAGUUCUUCAAGUACUUCCUGACUAAGCAGCAGCUGGAUUCGGAGGCAGGGCCUGGACCCAUGUAAUGGAAAGUGUGCUGCAGAAACCUCCACUUAAACAUGAACUGAUGAGGAAGUAACAUCAGUUCAUUUCUCACAGGGAGGUUGUCUCGGUGGAAACUGUGGCAUUCCUUAUUGUUCUCUUAUGUCUGUGUGUGCUAAGAAGUUGCACAACUUUCAAGGAUAUGCAGCAGAUAGUUAGUCCUAAAAGAAGAGUCAACGAUGAAGGAUUUAAUCAUCUUUUUUAAGCUUCUCCUCUUCCUUCAUUCCACAAACACAUCAACUCUCCAAAUUCAGUUUUUCUGUUUUCACUAUAAUUAAGUUUCGUGAAUGAUGUUUGUAGUUCUUAAUAGUGGAACUUUUUAUUUAUUUUGUUAGCUUUUGCAAGGCUUGCAUUUUAUGGAUGCAGAAGACCCACAAUGCUGUUUGUUUGUUUUAUUUCAUUGUGUAUUUAUGAAAAAGAAAUCAUUGCAACACAUUCCUUUCGUUCUCUCCAAGGCCAGCGGAACUCUGUCCUUCCAAGUGCCUCCUAAAUAUUCAUUGCUGCUUUAUUUCCUCUUCUGCUCGCUUGUUUUUGACAGAGAAAUCUUUUAUUCCUAUAUUCUGUUUUUGCUGUUCACUCUUUAAGUUCUUAGUGGUCACGUUUAAGUGCUGUUUUAAAGUACAAUCUCUGCACUAAAUGGUCAAAAGUAUGCUGCAACUAUUUUUUGAUACAGUUUUUUUGCUUUAAGUACAAAGUCCCAUGUUUGUCUUCUUUUGAGGCAAAAUGUCACUCCUGGUAUCAAGAUGUGUGGUUGGUAAUAGUUCUAUUAUUUGCCUUGUUAAACCGAGCACUACCAUGCUUCUGAAUCACGCACAAUGUUCUUAUUUAAAGAAAACUGUCACAAAAGAGGGCAGCUUGUUUAUGUAUUCAAAAGAUGAAUAUAUAUAUUUUAAAACCUUCAUGAUGUAGACCCAAAGGUGGAUCAACAAAGGCUGUUACUUGACAUGAUAGCAGUGUGAGCUAUUGAGUGGCCUGUUUUGUUUGUGUCAUGUGACCUUGAGGUCAUAGUUUGUAUAUAAAGUAUUUUCAGAGUAUAAGAUGUGUAAAUACAAAUAUUCUGUGUUCCAAAAUGUAGAUCAUUUGUUUUUUUUUAUUAUUAUUUUGAUACUUUAUUACCCUGAGAUCAAACCAUCAUUGAAGCAGCCUUUUUCUCAUCCUGUUCUCCUUCCGUAUUUCCUGUCUCUAUUUUCCAUUCACUAAUCAAGACAUUCCUCCAGAUACUGAUGUCAUUUAACAAGCAGCUGCAUUUAUUUGCUUUUAAUUUUUUUUUUUCCUUUGUUAAAGUUCACAGAGUUCAUUAGGCCAUCCUUCUCAGAAACUACUUUAAAAAGGAUUCAUAAUGCCUGCACAGCUGAGUAACUGUUUUUAUACCAAAGACACAUGUCACGUGCUAUGCAGCCUGCAUUUAACCUGUUAUUGUCACACUAUAAAUGCUCAUAGCUUUAA